AUGCCUGCUAUGACCACCCCAUCCCUCCCUCGCUACCGUCACCGCGAGAGUGCCAGGUCAGUCGUCCAGCGACUCCAUGCGAUUCCAGUGCAGCUGUUGCCUCCGCACGUCUUUCCACUACAGUACUUUGCCUGCGGGGGCGGUGGUGACGCCGAUAAAGACGCACCGUCUGUUUCGCCGGCAGCUCCGUUUGAUGCUGCCGCGGCCGCCAGCGAUGGUGCCACAAGCGAUGGAUGCACCGAACUCGGUGCCAAUUCCGUCUGUUUGGUUAUCGCUGCCCCUGCCGCUGCCACCGUGGUGUCGCCAAUGCGCGCAUCGGCGACUGGCGACGCCGCACUUUUCUCCGCUGUUGCGUCACCAGCGGCCGAGCAGCGCUUAGCGUACGAGGUGGCCGCCGCACAUGCGCUGCGCGGCGGGCGUGUACUGCUCAUCAUCAGCCCCACGAGUCAAGCCUUCUCGCUGGCAAGAUUUUCGGUGACCGUAGAGAGGCAGUGGGUGGCGCUGCAGCAACGACGGCCAGAGACACGAAGUGCGCGACGGACCGACCCCACAACGGUGGAUCAAGCUGAGGACGUCAGAGGGGUCGGCUGUAUUGGGCGCCCUACCUCGUCCUCUGCGUUGCCGUUGCAGUCGCUCAGCUCAACCGUUCAGCUGCGCGCCCGUCAGCGAGCGGUGCUGGACGCUGUUCAGCGAGUAGAGGUACUGCCUUGUACUUCAAUGGACGACCUCUACGCCGUGUGCCAGGCCUACACGUUCCCGAUCGUUUCCGUAGGAGGCGCUACGACAGCGGCUUCGGCUCCAGAAGAAGCACCGGGCUCGCCGCCCUCAGUUGUGUCUGGUGUUACAAGUCUGCACAGCAGUUGGCGGCUGAGUGUGACGAGUGAGCCGAAGGUGAGGCCCAAGUCGGCGCUUUCGUCCUCGCCAUCUUUAGCGGAUUCCGGUGCAGUGACAGCCAUUGCCUCUGCCGCUGUCCCUGCCUCACCCCUAGCAGCUUUUGGCGCUGCGGCAUCUUCCUCCAUUUCUGUUGGCUCCUCCACGCCGCAUCAGGUGGACAUCGUACCGUUGUGUAUCGUGGACGGGUUUGUGGGGUCAAUGUCGACGUCAGCGGCGCUCGAGCGCGCGUCAGGUCAGGUCAUCCCGGUUCCGCAUUACGUGCUGUGCCUUCUGCAGCGUCGUCUCAAGUGUGCCCUGAUGGUGGUGGAGAGGGGAGCGAGCGUGCCAACGGAUGGUUGCACUAGUGGUCACACUUGUCGCGCUUUCUCCUCAUCGUCAGAAAGUUUGUCCUCCGUAAAGUUUCUCUUUGGUGGGCAUCUACAGAGCCAAAGCAACAUCUGCGCCGCCCUGCCCUCUCCUGCGAGGGUGCUUGCCGCUUCAGACCUGGUACAGCGGCUGCGUGCUCCCCACGCGCAUCCAUCCCCAGUGGUGUCGGUUUCUCACACCGCGUCAUCACUGAUGCAGACAUCGGCGGAGCGCUUCAGCGAAGCCAGUGGUGGGGUCGAGCGGCAGCCAGGAAGGAAAGCGGCACGAUCCGAUGGAGCAGCUGAGCAGUCGGCGCGCACGUGGUUCUCGCAGGCACCGCCUGUCUCCCUCCAUGACGUGCAGUUAUCUGUAGCCUACAUUGAAUGGGACGCCGUGUGGCACCCACUGCAGCACGGAGAACGUCAGGUGGGGGCUCACGGUGCAUGCACCAGCGCCACGUCACUACAGGGUGGGCUUCUCCUUCCUUUGAGCGUGGCAUGGCGAUACCGCGUGCACUUCAUGAAGGCAGCCGUUGACGAAGCUGCCAGCGCGCGGGUCGACGGGACUGAUAACCUCUUGCACAAGCGCCAGAGCAGUGGGCGUGAGUCUCUCUGGCCUCCUUCCCGUGGUUCGCGUCGGCCAUCGGGAGCGCUAAGCUUUUCCACCAGCACACCCAGCAGCCUGCAGUACACUGGAGCAUGGGUGCGAAGCACCCAGUGGCGCCACCUGUAG